UUGUCACACCGAGUAUGUACACUGGCACGACCACGACAUCGCAUCGGCGGACAGCAAUGGACUCGCCCGAUGGUUGUCGACGUCCUCACGAACAUCAAUAGACCCUCGCCGCUGCAAGCCACCAUGUACCCUCGAACAACUCCUGCUGCAAACGCGGAAGAACUCCCCGGACAGGUACCCAGCCCGCAACAAGCUCAUAAGGCACCUUCCUUGACGCGCCACCGCCGCUUAGCCAAGGCGCUGGAUAGCGCACCUGCGCCGACAACCGGCGGGCCCCAUUACGAAGAAUCACCGUUCGAUGUUGAACGAUCUCCAUAUGUACGCACUCAACACCAGUACGCGCGAUGGAACGCGCUGGGAUCCCGGCGCACGAAGUCACUCUUCUCCUACCGUUCCCGCUGCCAAACUACUCAUCGCCCGAGUGCGGGGGCGCGCGGCGCGCGGUGGCCAAUCUCGCUCGAAAGAUCAAGCCGGCGGCGUCUUCAACUAUGGGCAAACUCGCACGUCGCGCAUUUCCACAACUGCACGUCGCUCGCGCCCAGCGCCCUCCCCUACUUCUCCACGCCGCAACCGCAGUGAGACUACGCGCCGGUGCCCUCUGUCGAUGUUCGCGUUGGCUUCGGGCCGGGUGGUCGCAUCCAGAGGGCGCCGACCUCUCUGCCUCGCAAUU